CAGUUUUGUUCCACUACAGGAAGCAAGAAAGCUUUCCCAAACAUAUUUGACUUGAGCAGAGAUUAUUUUGGCAGCUGCCUUGAACUAAGUGAUAAUUGUGACUGGAUGCCAGAGCUAACCAGACAGUUUUUUCUAUAUUCCCACCAUACCAGGGAUAAAUGUUUAGUAAUUGGCAGACUGGCCCACAUGAAUCACUCUUUCUUGGAGCACAAUUAGCUGUGAAAACAGAUCUUAGAAAAAAAACAUUUUGCAAAGGGAUUAAGGAGGGUAGGAAAUGCAGGUGAUUAGCAGUCUGCCUUUGAUACAAACAUCCUGCUCCUCUGCUGUCCCUUUGAACUAACUUUGAUAUGCAAUAAUUAGGAGUGGCUCAGCCCCUGAGGAGAGGUAGCUGCUGCUGCCCUACCUCCUUGCUCAUUUUAGUGAAUCCUUGUUUUGAACUAUUGAUCAAACAGAUUUGAAGAGAUUUGUUGAAGUCUGUGUGGGCUGAAGAGAAAGGAAAUGAGAAGAGGGGAUGGAAAGGACAGCAAACUUGGCUAUAAAUACCCCAGGAAGGACAGAGCUCCUCUCCACAAAUUUUCCUCUUAGGUUAGAGAUCUAAAAUAUAAGAAAAGGACUUUUAUUCAAGAUUUUUUCUUUUAAAAAGAUUCACAAAUACCCCAUAUUUGCUGAAUCUGUGUUGCUUGUUUUCAAGCUUCAGCACAUCUUAGAUAACGGGUAAGCGCUGUAAAACUCACGGGGGGAAACACAGAUCAACCUGCCUGAAGAAUGGUGGCAGUCUUGCUGCUGGGGCUCAGCUGCAUCUGUUCCCCAUUGGUAGCCCUGGUCCUAGACUACAACAGCAUCAAGAGUUCAGCUGAAGUGCAGGGCACCAGAAAGAGUUCACAGUGUAUAACAGACCAGGACUGUAAUGCUAGCAAAUUCUGCCUCAAGCCUGAAGAUGAAGUGCCCUUCUGUGCUACCUGUCGUGGGUUACGAAGAAGAUGCAAGCGUAAUGCUAUGUGCUGCCCAGGGACUAUUUGUCUAAAUGACGUUUGCAGCCAGACUGAAGAAGUUACCCCAACAGAAGGAAGAAGGACUGAUGAACAGGAUGGUUCUGAUUCAAAAGGGACAACUCAACACCAGAUCCAAGAAAACAACUCUAAAAAAGGACUUGUCAAAUCUCCAAGCAAUAAAGGUCAAGAGGGAGAAAGCUGCCUUCGCACAUCAGACUGUGCCUUUGGGCUUUGCUGCGCUCGCCAUUUCUGGACCAAAAUCUGUAAGCCAGUUCUCCGUGAAGGACUGGUCUGUUCCCGCCGUGGACACAAAGAUGUUGCUCAAGGUCCAGAAAUUUUCCAACGCUGUGAUUGUGGCCCUGGUUUGUCUUGCCGACCACCGCUCAAUGGGCUGCCACAACGAUCUCGCUUAAACAUCUGCCAAAGAAGCUAAAGAGCCAAUAAACACUGGAUCCAGAGGGAGAACAAGGGAUUUGCUGUCUACUCCAGAGUUAAUUUAUGCAAGAUUCUAUAAAACUAUCCCUAACUUUCCACAGGCCAACAGAGCCCUGCACUGGAGGAAACAUCCAGCUCAAAGCGAGAUCUAGGCACUGGGCAACCUUAGAUGUACAUUUCGUUCAUAUGGGCUCUGUUGUAUCCUUGUGGGCUGCACUAAGUAGCCAUCAGAUGCUUACAAAAAUCAUGUAUGCUUUCAGAUAGCAUGAAGUACAAAAGGACUUGAUUUUUUGUCUGCUUUUACAAUCUAUCUAGGGUCCUUUUUUAUAGCUAUCAUAGCUAUAGCAUGUAUAAAAAUUCAGAGGUUCUCCAGCUGGUUUCCAACUAUUUAGUUAUUUACUAAAAUAAAAAAAUUACUAAAAGGAACUAGUAGAUUCUUUCACAGGAAUUGCAAUUUACUUGUCAGUAGGGUCAAAUUAUUUCCCUAAGUGUUUCCAGGAUGUUCAGAGCCACAGAAGAAAGCUGUUUCCACUUCUGGCUCCAUCUCAGACUCAAUGACGGAAUCACAUGUAAAUGUUAGAUACCAUCAAAAAGUGCUUCAUAAACUAUUUACAUAGAGCAGCACAGAGAUGAGAGCAAGCUUUCUAGGGCAAAAGGCAGUAGACACCUAAGAUACUGUAAGCUGCACAUAAGGAAAAAAUCAUUAAGACCAUCAAUGGGAAUUUGUGAAAGUGGUGAAUAAGUAAAAACUGGGGGGUUAUAAUGAAAGUUAUAUUGCAACUUAAACUGCACCUAGCCUGCACUAUGUGAAUAUUUUUUUCAUUCUCUCUAUAGUAUUUAGAUACCACAGUGAUAGACACCUUCUAACUGAUAUCAAUGCAAAACCUGUAAUAAAACCUCUCCAUCUAAAGACAUCAAAAAUGCUCUGUCAGCCAACAUAGUUACUGGCUGUAUAAUUAAAAAUAUUAAAUUUCAUCUGCCACUUAAACAGUCACCAUUGAGAUGGAAUGUGCAGCCAGUUUACAGUGCACAAUUAUAGUUCAGGGCAGGAGGUGAAGACCUAUAGGAAUGGACUUGAUUAUCUGCUAAUUCCUUUCCCUAAGUGCUAUGAUCCUAACAUACAGUAAAUAGCUAUUAAACCAAAGUGUUUCCUUAUGCAAUUGCUCGUCUGUUAUAUUUAAUAAUAAAUAGCUGAGUUUUGUGCUGAGCAUCUCCAACAUGUUUUAACAAAUCUGAUAUGGUUUCCAGCUUUUUAAAGUUUAUUAUGGUUGUGAAGUCUGCAGAUCUGACCUCUGGCUUGCAGCACUUCAGGGAAAUGUAUCAAAAUUAAAAUGCAGUUUUCUUUAUGCGGAGAGAGUGAUCCCAUGGACUAAUGCUGUUAUUGUCAGAGACAAGAGGGGAUAUUGUGACUUGAAUUCAUUAUUUUGCACCUACUAACUUG